AUGCAAUUUUACUACGCUCCAGGAGCAUGCUCCAUCCUUCCACACAUCCUCCUCCACGAAACCGGCCUCGACUUCGAAGCAGUCGAAGUCAGAAGAUUCGAUCGCCAUUCAAGCUGGCCCGAGGAGUACAAGCGUAUCAACCCCAAGAUGCAAGUCCCAGCACUCGCAAUCGACGAUGAUAUAAUCACUGAGAAUAUCGCCGUCUGCACCGCAAUUUCCAACCUCGUGCCGGGAAAACAUCUCUUGGGCAAAACGCCAAUGGAGACUGUGAGAGUUUAUGAAUGGCUGAGUUGGCUGGCGAUUAAUUUCCAUACUGGCGGGUUUGGUCAUGUGUUUCGUCCGUAUCGAUGGUCCGAUGAUCCAGCUGCUCACGAGGGGAUCAAACAAAGUGCUUUGAAGAGAGUGGAAGGUAUACUUGAUGCUGUUGAGGAGAGGUUGCCAGGCAUUCAUGCCGUUGGAGGAGACUUUACAGCUGUUGAUCCAUACCUUUUUGCAUUCUAUAGAUGGGCCGUGGAGGUGAAAUUCGAGAUGAAGGAAAAGUAUCCAAAGUAUACGGCAUUAGUUGAGAAUCUGGUACAGCGAGAGGGAGCAAAGGCAGCAAUCAAAGCGGAGGAAAUUGAAGGUUCUUGGUGA